AUGGAGGAGAAUCGACGACCAGGUGGUGGGACCAACGAGCCUUAUAAAGAAGAGUUCACUGAUUUGGUGCUUUCAUGGACGCUUCAAGACAUCCUUAAUGACAAUCUGUACCAGUACCAGGUGGAGAAGAUUCCCGAUUCAUUUGGAUGCGUGGACGAGUAUUUCGGCUCCUACAUCUUCCCAUUGUUAGAAGAAACACGUGCCGAACUUGCUUCCGCCGCCGAAUCCGUACACAACGCACCUUUUGCUGAGGUGGCGUCUUCGAGUGGGCCAAGACAUGGGAGAUUCCUAUACGAUGUACAGGUUGGCAGCUGGAGAAAUAGAUCAAGUGAUGGCGGUCGCAGAACUUUGCCGGGUGAUGUUGUUCUGCUCUCGGAUUCGAUACCCGAAUCUGUUUCUGACCUACUGCGUGUCGGAUCUACAUACACUUUCGCAUCGGUAAUGAAUAUUCAUGAAGACGAUGAAGAGAGUGACGGUAGUUGUAGUGCGCCGUCCAGUAGUUUUACUCUGAAAUCGGCUCGGCAAAUUGAAUUUGGUUAUGGAGAAGGGAAGUCCGUCUACGUCGUUUACUUGAUCAACGUUACACCACAUAAAAGAAUAUGGAAAGCGUUACACAUGCGUCGAAAUCUGACAAUCAUUGAGAAGUUAUUAGCCAAGAACGACUUGCUGGGCGAGGAGAUUUGUGGAGUAUGUUGUCACAAAUACAAUAACGAGAUUGAUGAGAAACUAUUGUCCAAUUCAAAUGGAUCGCAACUUGAUGCAGUUUUGGCUUGUAUAUCCGAAUCCGAGUGCGACCACAAGUCAUCUGUUGAACUCAUAUGGGGCCCACCGGGGAUUGGAAAGACAGCAAUGUUGAGCCGAUUGCUAUGUACUCUCUUAAGAACGAACUUGAGGACACUCGUUUGUGCCCCAACAAACGUUGCUAUUAAAGAACUUGCGUCUCGGGUUGUUUCUCUAGUAAGAAAUUCAGUUUUAAAGGAAUCUGGGGAGAUCAAUAGCCAUUUGCCUUGUCCUUUAGGAGACAUGCUCGUAUUCGGCAAUAAGGAUCGUCUGAAAGUCGGAUCAGAAAUUGACGAAAUCUUUUUAGAUUAUCGUGUUAAGAUGCUUGCAAGUUGCAUGGGAUCACUAGCCGGUUGGAAGCAUUGUAUCUCGUCCAUGCUCGAUUUUCUUGAAGAUUGUGUUUCUCAACAUAAAAUCUUCGUGGAGAAUGAGAUAGUAAUUAUCGAAGCUAAUAAUAAGCACUUGGACGAGUCCAAAAAAUCACUUUUGGAGUUUGCCAGAGACCGAUUUCCACAUUUAGCAGCACCUCUGAGAGAUUGCAUGAUUAAAUUCUUCACUAAUUUACCAAGAAACCUCACUCACGAGCACCACAUCCAUCGAAACAUACUGCAACUUAUGUCUCUUCUCGAUUCCGUCGAGAUUUUGUUGUUUGAUGACAACAGCUUGACAUCUGGGAAACUGGAGAGCAACUUUCUACAGCAUGGAACUGUAUUAUCUUGUGCUGAUUUACUGAGGUCUCUUCGGGCUUCUCUAGAUAAACUCGGCAUGCCAAGUGGCGUCAAUGCAACUUCAACUGUGGAGUUGUGUUUCCGAAAUGCUACUUUGAUAUUCUGCACCGCUUCGUCCGCAUACAAGCUGCACACAGUUGAUUCCGGGCCGUUCGAUAUGUUGGUUAUCGACGAAGCUGCUCAGGUGAAGGAGUGCGAAUCGAUCAUAGCACUUCAGAUCCCGGGCGUGAGGCAUGCAAUUCUUGUCGGCGAUGAAUGCCAAUUACCAGCAACAGUUAUCAGCAAGAUAUCGGAAGAAGCUGGCUACGGGAGAAGUAUGUUUCAAAGAUUGAGCUCGUUGGAACAACUCCAAGACUUGCUUAGUGGCGAGAGUUUACUUUUCAAAAAUUCAAGAUGGAAGGUUUUAUUCAGUGAUAACUUCCGAAAGUCGUUUCAGAAACUGAAACCUUUCAAUGUUAAGAAGCUGGUCCUAACUGUUCUACUUAAACUUGCAAGUGGUUGGAGGCCCAAGAAUAUAAACGUGGACUAUAAAUGCGAGAGCUCUUCGUACAUCGUGAAGCAAAUCAAGGUUGCGAGAUACUACGUUGUCUGCUCCAUUGACUUAGUUAAUGACCCCGUUUACGUACAGAUUUUCAAAGUGUGGGACGUACUGCCUAUGUCGGACACUACGAAACUUCUGAAACGACUUGACAACCUAUUUGCUAUGUACACGGAUGAUUUUAUCGACCGCAGCAAUGACAAGUUGUGCGAGGGAAAUUUGGAGGUGCCAAAGAGUUGGUCGGAUUGUAAUGAUGUAAUCCGGUUCAAGAAUCGUAAUGACACCAAAGUCGAUACCGGUGCGAGUGUUGAAUGCAGAAGCCAUGUCGAAAACGCUAAAGUGAACGAGAGUUUACUUUUGAUGAAAUUUUAUUCCUUGUCGAGUGAUGUUGUGAAUCGUUUGCUUACCGAUGUCGAGGGUAGAGAAGUGGAUCUCCCAUUUGAGGUUACCGAUGAAGAGCGUGAAAUAAUAAGGUUUCCGAGGAGCAGCUUUAUAUUAGGUAGGUCCGGUACUGGCAAGACAACUAUUCUGACUAUGAAGUUGUACCAGAAGCUUCAGCACUACUGCAUAGCGACACGGGAUUCUAUGACAGCUGUCGGUGAUAGGCCUAUUUUGCGCCAGCUUUUUGUUACCGUUAGUCCAAAACUCUGUUACGCUGUCAAAAAGCACGUCACGCAGCUGAAGAGGAUUACUAACGAGAACACCUCCGGAAAUAGCAGCUUCACAGAUAUGGAUGACUUAGAUGAAAUGGCUGCUGAAUUCAGAGAUAUCCCAGACACAUUUGUCGGCAUCGGACGAGAAAAAUACCCUCUAAUCAUCACAUUCCACAAGUUUCUAAUGAUGCUCGAUGGAACUUUGGGCAAUUCUUAUUUUCAAAGGUUUCGUGAUGCAAGAGCCUCGUCGCAGUACGAAGGCAGAAGGUCUGUUGCACUGCAGACUUCCAUUAGGAGAAACCAGGUCACGUACGAGCGUUUUCGAUCCUCGUACUGGCCCCACUUCAAUGCAAAGCUUACGAAAAUCCUCGAUCCCUCGAGGGUGUUCACUGAAAUAAUGUCGCAUAUAAAAGGAGGGGAAUCGGGCGACGGAAAGCGAAGCAGGGAGGGAUACGUUUCGUUGUCUGACGGUAGAGUGUCCACUUUAGGUGCGGAGAAGAGGGAUGCGGUUUACGAUAUUUUCGAGGACUACGAGAAAGUGAAAUCGGAGCGCGGUGAAUUCGAUCUUGCUGAUUUUGUGAUCGAUAUUCAUCUACGGCUCAAGAACGAGGAUGAUCUAAUGGGUGAUAAAAUGGACUUUGUGUACAUUGACGAAGUGCAGGACCUCACUACAAGCCAAAUUUCCCUUUUCAGAUUUAUUUGCAAAAAUUUCGACGAAGGGUUCGUGUUUUGCGGCGAUACAGCACAGACGAUUGCACGAGGGGUCGACUUUCGGUUUGAAGAUAUUCGAUCGUUGUUCUAUAGUGAGUUUCUUAUGAAAUCUUCUAGAAAUUGCGAGUUUCCGGGAAGGAGAGAGAAAGGGGUUGUAUCGGAUACGUUUUGUUUAUCGCAGAAUUUCCGUACUCAUACUGGUGUGCUUCGGUUGGCACAGAGUGUCGUGGACCUCAUUUGCCAUUUUUUCCCACAAUCAAUUGAUACAUUGCCUCCGGAAACUAGUCUUAUAUAUGGUGAGUCUCCUGUUGUACUCGAACCUGGCAGUGACGAGAACUCGAUUAUGAGUAUUUUUGGACACAGUGGAAAUGCUGUUGGAAAAUGGGUGGGGUUUGGUGCUGACCAAGUAAUUUUAGUAAGGGAUGAUUCCGCGAGAAGAGAAAUUUUCAACUAUAUUGGCAAUCAAGCUCUUGUUCUGACUAUAGUGGAGUGCAAGGGGCUCGAGUUUCAGGAUGUUCUGUUGUACAACUUUUUCGGUUCUUCACCGAUGAGUGAUCAAUGGAGGGUUUUGUAUGAAUUCUUGAAAGAAAAAGAUCUUCUUGACGCAAAUACUCCAAAGUCGUUUCCAAGUUUCAGCGAGUCGAGACACAAUAUCCUGUGCUCUGAACUGAAGCAAUUAUACGUGGCGAUCACUCGAACCAGGCAAAGAUUGUGGAUAUGCGAAAACAAUGAAGAGCUGUCGAAGCCCAUACUCGAUUAUUGGACAAGGCUGUGCCUUGUCCAAGUUCGAAAAAUAGAUGAUUCUCUUGCAGCAGCAAUGCAAAGAGCUAGCAGCCCCGAGGAGUGGAAAUCGCAAGGAAUCAAGCUUUUUUGGGAGAAAAAUUAUGAGAUGGCAACAAUGUGCUUUGAAAAAGCAGGCGAAGAAACAUGGGAGAAAAGGGCUAAGGCUUCGGGUCUUAGAGCUUCAGCCGACUCUCUACGUGGUUCAAACCCUAAAGAGGCUCGUGUAAUGCUUAGAGAGGCUGCCGAAAUAUUUGAUUCCAUUGACAGAUCCGAUACCGCAGUAGAAUGUUUUUGCGACUUAGGGGACUACGAAAGAGCAGGAAGGAUUUAUUUGGAAAAAUGCGGUACGUCUGAGCUGAGAAAAGCUGGGGAAUGUUUCUCUUUAGCUGGAAGUUACAAAAUUGCCGCCGAAGUUUACAACAAGGGAAAUAUUUUCGACGAGUGCUUAUCAGCUUGCACCAAGGGAAACCAUUUGGACCUCGGUUUGCGAUACAUCGAGCAAUGGAAACAACAGGCAUUUAUGAAAAGAUUUAAGGAGGUUGACAAAAUCGCGCAAGAGUUUCUUGAAAGAUGUGCUUUGGAAUGUAAGAAGAAAAGGGACAGUUCAUCGAUGUUGAGGUUUGUUCGCGCUUUUUGCACGGAGGAAUCGAAGCGCAACUUCCUGAAGUCCUUGGACUUGCUUGAGGAGCUUCUAGUAUUGGAGGAAGAUUCCGGAAACUUCAAUGAGGCUUUAGAGAUUGCACAACGAUUAGGACAUACUUUACGUGAGAUUGAUUUGCUUGAAAAGGCAGGAGAUUAUCGAAAUGCCUCUUUGCUCAUACUUUCUUACGUGCUGACUAACUCUCUAUGGUUGUCUGGAACUCGAGGUUGGCCUCUGAAAUCAUUUCAUCAAAAGGAAGAGCUUCUAGCUAAAGCGAUUUCAUGCGCGGACAAGGCUCCGGAGAUUUUUCGUGCAUCAAUUUGUGCCGAGGCCGAAAGUUUGUCUGAUGAUCAGAGGAAAUUGUUGUCUGAGUUGAUGCAGUGUUAUAGUGAUUCGAAGCAAUGUAAAUCUCGUACAGGUGAGAUUCUAUCUGUUAGAAAGCUUCUAGAAGCCCAUUUUGAAGUCCAUCCAACAAAAUACGAAGCAGAUCAUGAAUUGCAGAUUGACCCGAGUUUAUUCCAAGAAAGAAUGGCGAAGAACGAAGUUUCAAGUGGGACCCUUGUUUUCGUUUGGAACUUGUGGAAGGUAAAAUGUUUGGAGAUUUUGGAAUGCCUCGACUCUCUUGGAAAAAGGGUAGACCUCAACGAAUGCGAAGAUACUGCUCGAUUCUGUUUAAGCUACUUCGGAGCGAGGCUGCAAAAUAAUAAUUCAAGUGGCACGUAUGUGUUGAUGAACCCUAAUGCUGCAUGGAUUAGAAAUUCCGAUAAAGGGUUCAUUUCGUGGAAAAGAAAGGUGGCAACUCUCAGUGCUCGCCAUUUCGCUUCAGCUGCUCGAGAAUACUGGUGUCGGGAAUUAGUUUCGGCUGGGGUAAGAGUUUUGGAGGCUCUUGAAGCUCUCUAUAAUUUUUAUUCAUCUCGAUAUUGCCAAAGUGUGUGCCUCAUUCACAUUUUCGACAUAGCAAAGUUCGUCGAGUCGAAAUCACUCGACACAGAGAAACUGCACAACUUUCUGCAGUUGUGUACCAAAUACUUCAGAAAUGUUUUUCCUUUGGACCCUCGAGAAUCGUUAUUCGAGGAUAUGAUAUCUUUAAGGGAGACCGAGAUUUCCAAUAAUUUACUUGAAGAAAUUAUCUCGAGAAAUGUUAUUAGCUCAGGGAACGAUGAACUCACUUAUAGGCAGAUAGGACAGGUGGCGAUUACAAUGCUCGGGUCUGGACUAAUGCUGAAAAAGGGACUUCAUCGGAAGAUUAUUUCAAGGCUGUCUGAAAAUUCUUCCUGGAAGUCAUUCAUCAAGAAUCUCGAAUCUCCACGCUCCUCCGAAGAAGCUCUUAGUCACGAGUUUCAUAGAGCAUUGGCAGAAACUUAUAGCAUCAAUUGGAGGGCAAGACAAUUUAUAUCUCCGAAAUGUUUCUUUUAUCUUGUCGAGAGGCUCUUGAUUCUGGUUCCUCACUCUCGAGGCCACUUCUUCACUACAAAAUCUUCGUUUGUAGAGUAUUUAAUGUGCCUUCCACCGGAUGCUAAUCCGAGUGCUGGUUUAGUAUUCACAGACAAGAAAUCCUAUGCUACAAGCAGCUUAUUUUACUUUGUCGCCAGUGCUGUUAGGGAUUGUCUUUUUAACUGUGGGGAUACAGCAGAAUGGAUCAGUCGUUCUAAUAUCGAUUGCAACCAUUAUUUCCCGAUACUUAUGCUGAGGUUGUUCAUGAUUCUUUGUCUGUUGUGCCUGAACUCGGAAUUGCCGUUCGAUGCGCUGUUAGAGGUCCUUAAAGUAUACUAUAUCAAAAGCCAGCUGCCGUUGAGAUUUUACGAAGCUAUUCGGCUUAAAAGGAUGAACAAGUAUGUUUCGUGCGAAACUGCGGUUGCUGCAGCGUUCAAAACGAUCGGGGAUUCACUUGUUAUUGUGGCCUCGACUGAGGAUAGCAGUCUCGAGUUUGUAUGUCCCAAUGCUAUUUUUCUUGGCUUGAAAUCCUUCUCAUGUAGAAAUCAGGUCAUCAAGAAACUAUUUCCGAGGAGCACUGACGGUGAUAAGAAGGCAAGAAAUGUUGUUAGUGAAGAAGUUGCUGUUGAGCAAUCUCCGAAAACGACAUUGGAAACCAAUUUGCUAAAAGGGGGUCUUCAAAUAGAGCUAAAAUGGAAUAUUUUUCGGGAAUUCAUUGACGCCUUAGGGUCGCUACGGAGUGGUAGUGACGGAGAUUCAAAGAACCUUGUCAUGAGAAAGAAGGCAGCGGUGGAGGAGCACAUCAACUGUUUAACUGCUGAAAUCGCAGAUUUGAGUGAGCAGCAAAGGUCUCACUCCGUGGAACAUAAAAAUGUGCUGGACGAAUUCAAAACCACGAUCGAGGAAAUGACCGAGAUAUGUUCGUUAUUAGAUACGAGUGACUUUGACGUUAAAGUCAUGCCGAAAAUUGACGGCAUCUUGAAGAUCUUGGAAGAAAGAAGGUAUAAUCUAUUGGUUCAAAAGAUCGCGGACGUUACAAAGACAUUGGAGGAUAGAAGGUCUCGAUCAUGGUUUUCGGUGUCUGAAGGCACUUUUUUCAAGAGCAUUGAAGAAAGAAGGGCUCAAAUAUUGCCGAGUUCGAGUAAUGAUCCACCGAAUGUAAGUUCUUCUGUUGCUUACGAUGACAAGGAAGAAGAUGGAAACAAUAUUAGCAAAAACGGGAAAGGAAAGAGCAAGAAGCAACCGAAAAAAGGGAAAGGGAAAGGGAAAGGAGGGAAAAGAAAGUAAAAAAGGUGGUGGUAAUUUUCUUGGUUUCGAAACAAAUUUACUGCAAGUAGAAAAAAAAUAACCUUGUUUGUUACAUGUUUUUGUCCCCUUUUGAGUUCGAGCAUCUCCGAUGUUACCUUUUUUGUUUUAAGCCCGGUCGUUUGAGUGCUCGAAACGAUUAUUGAUCACGCGUUAUAUAUUUUGAGAUCGAUUUUUUUGU